CUGAUAGUAGACCUGAUACCUGAUACUCGAUACCUGAUACCUUAACGUAGAUAGUAUACGUAAAGCAUUAACAUGAUGCAUAAUUAAUACACCUAGCGAAUAGACAAGUGAGACGAUGCCCAUACAGUAGUAUCUCGGCGGCCUUCCCCAUUUGCUUCUAGGGCUCUUUAGGGAAUUGAUUGCCGUAGAUGGUACUCUGCACAAGUUUUUCUCAGGGUUUUCUUGGAUGGUUGGAUCAUGCAUAUCUACGUCGUAUGUAUUUGUAUUGUACAAUAGCGAACUGCCACCUGUGAUAGGUCGGUUUGACCGCUGGACCACACGAGGAAGCGAGCCACACAAUUUGCAUAAUUCGUCCUUUUGCCAAAGCACUAGUCGGUGGUGGUUGUGUUCGGCUGCAACAUUGCACAGCCAGUCGCUGAACGCCGUCCAGCCUGCGCGCGACGCGGAGUCCUCUGCGCCAGCCCAUGGUGCUCAUCCAGUAGAACGACGUGAUGGAAUGCAGGUACGAAGGGUCAGGCGUCGCGCUAUGGAUCACAUUCGCCAUUCGGCGCCUUCACGAGAAAGACUGCGCUUAUAAUUAAGCCUCGGACAGCCUCUUGGACUUGUCGAUUGGAUCACGGAAGGCUUGGUAUUAGGUAGAUGCUCCAUAGAAUCCGGAACGAUAGCCGA